CCCUUAUUUCCCGGGUUCCAGCUCCGCGCCUGGCUCGCGACGCUUCGCUUCUGGAAGGCCCUGCACCUCGGCCAAGCGCCCCCGGCUCUCGGCUCCAUGAUCCCUCCGCCUCCAAACCGCAGCACCGCCCACCACACCUGCGGGACGUGGCAGCGCUCCUGAGCCUCUGGGGCGGGAGCAGUGUGGUCCCUUGUGCCCGCGGUGUGAACCGGCCCCGUUCCACACGAGUUUGUUACCGGAAGAGAAGGACGCUCCGGAGCUGGUCCGGGCCGAGGCCGGCCCAGGGCAUGAACCCACCGGGGAGCCGCCUCCCCCAGGCCUCCUGGACCCCGGGAGCCCCUCCCCUGAGCGGGAGAUGCUGAGCGAGGGGCUGGGAGCCCCGCUCCCCCUCCUGCCCUUGGUGGGCCGACUCUCUCCGCAGCCGGGAGGGAAGGUGCAGGGGGAAGGAUCAGGCUGAGAGGGAGGUUCCUGAGAACCAGGGUAGGCGAGGCCUCCAAUGAGGAGGGUCCAUCGGGGACGGAGGCGGGGGAGCUGGGGGCGCCCGGGCGGGGGAGCCUCCUCCUCUGCUCCACCCGCCUCCCCGCAGGCUGAGCCGCCCGGCGUCAUGGGACGGCUGCUUCUGGUGCUGUGGGCGCUGCUGGGGUCGCGGGCGUGCGCCGGCGGCGCCGCAGAGCCAGGCAAGAACCUGAGCUGCUACCAGUGCUUCAAAGUGAAGAGCCUGGGGUCCUGCAGGCCCGCCGCCUGCGCCUCCGCCGACGAGGUCUGCGUCUCCAACACGGUGAUCUUCGUCCGGAGACUCGGGGUGGGAGUUCUGCUCAGCAAGCGCUGUGCUCCCAGAUGUCCCAACAGCAACAUGAAGUCUGCGUGGCUGUCAGGCUCCGGGAUGACCCGCAGGGUCGUCAGGCAGUGCUGCUCCGGGUCUCUCUGCAACGGGCCGCCCGCCCGGCAGGGGCGUCUCUGGGCCUCGUCAGGGGGGCUCCUGCUCCCCCUGGGCCUCAGCCUCCUCUGGGCGACGUGGUGAGAGCUCCUCCGCCCACCCCGCAGCCCAGCCUGUCCUCCCACCUCGGGCCUGCCUCCCCCCCUCUUGGGAUUCUGGGCGGGAGGAAGCGCCGUCCCCUCGCCCUGGACCCGGCCACCUCUCCCGUCCCCGGCAGGGCCCCUUCGCUGACACAUCCCGGGGCUCAGCCUGGCUCCCCGUGGGGGAGAGCGACGCCUGCCCUGAGUGGACGGCCCCGGGGCCCUGUGUCGGGUAGGAGGAGCCCGGCAAGGUAGAGGGUGGCCCAGCCCCAGCUCUGGCUCUGACCGGCUCUGCGGUCUUGGUGCCUCCACCCCCGCCAUCUGGGCCACCUCUGUCGGUGGCCACCUAAGUCAUCGGCCCAGGCAGAGAGGUGCGGUGGGACCACAGCCUUCACCUCCCAGAGACAAUAAAGUCAUUGCUUGGCUGUGCCCCCUACUGCUUCUUCUCUGUUUCCAGCCACCGCAUCCAGACUGCACCCUCCGGCCAGCUCCCGCAGACCGCUGUGGGUGUGCCGGCCAGGGCUGGAGGGGUGGACAAAACUGCCAGCUACAGCCAACUGAGCUGGGGACAGGACCAGCACUGAGCAAGUAGGAGUCACAGGCUCAGGUCUGAGUC